AAUUGAACAGGUCAACCAUGUUAGUUUCUUGGUCUUUGUUUAUUAGAUUUUUCCCCAAAAGAUUUGCUUCGUAUAAAAUACCCAAAUAUUUUCCUUACAUUCUCUGGAUGGCUCUGUUUUUCGAGAUCAUUUGCAGGUGAAUUGUUGAAUUUGUGUGUACUUUGUUUUGCUUAAUACUGAAGGAAUUGUUCAGAGUUUUUGAGUUAUGGGAGGUAAGAAUUCUAGGGAAGGAGGUCAAAGAGAGCUCUAUUCAUAUGGGUCUGGUAAUUCUUCAACAUGGGAUCAAUACAAUUUUCCUCCACCAUCUCCACAUGUUCAUCAAUAUCCAUAUGCAGAACCUUCUGAUUAUGGCUCACAAACGCCUCAACCACAGAGAAGGCUGGACAGAAAAUAUUCAAGAAUAGCAGAUAAUUACCAAUCCUUGGAUGAGGUGACUGCUGCUCUUGCUAAAGCCGGACUGGAGUCAUCUAAUCUCAUUGUGGGAAUUGAUUUCACGAAGAGCAAUGAGUGGACAGGUUCAAGGUCGUUUAAUCGACGUAGUUUACACCACAUUGGGAACGGGCAGAAUCCAUAUGAACAAGCUAUAUCUAUAAUAGGACAGACAUUAUCAGCUUUCGACGAGGAUAACUUGAUUCCCUGCUUUGGAUUUGGAGAUGCAUCAACCCAUGAUCAAGAUGUUUUUAGCUUCUAUGAGGAUGACAGGAUAUGUAAUGGAUUUGAGGAAGUUUUGCAUCGUUACAGGGAAAUUGUUCCCAACUUAAAACUUGCAGGGCCUACAUCUUUUGCACCAAUAAUUGAGAUGGCCAUGACAAUAGUUGAGCAAUCUGGUGGUCAGUACCAUGUUUUGCUGAUAAUUGCCGAUGGGCAGGUCACAAGAAGCGUUGACACGCAUAACGGUCAACUGAGUUUACAAGAACAAAAGUCAAUCGAUGCAAUUGUAAGGGCGAGCGAGUACCCGUUGUCAAUAAUCUUAGUUGGUGUCGGAGAUGGGCCUUGGGAUAUGAUGAAGGAAUUUGAUGAUAACAUCCCAGCCCGAGCUUUCGAUAAUUUUCAGUUUGUCAAUUUCACCGAGAUGAUGUCGAAAAAUGUAAACAAUGUCAGAAGGCAAACAGAAUUUUCCCUCGCUGCAUUGAUGGAAAUACCUUCUCAAUACCUGGCAACUCUAGAGCUUGGCUUAUUGGGAAGACAAAGAGGGAUUUCACCAGAAAGAGUACCUCUUCCCCCUCCUGUGUACAAUGGCUACUCAAGAACCCCGCGCUCAAACAAUUUUCCGACCAGAACACCUUCACUUGGUAGAUACAACCAAGGAGUUGGCACAACUUCAUCCUCAAGUUCUCAUUAUGACAACCAGCUUUGCCCCAUUUGUCUCACAAAUCCAAAGGAUCUGGCUUUUGGUUGUGGCCAUCUGACAUGUUGCGACUGCGGAGAAAAUCUCGAGUUGUGCCCCAUAUGCCGAAGCUUUAUUCAGACUAGAAUAAGGCUUUACUAAGUCUUGCCAUACUGUAUAAAUGGGUCAUUUAUCCUAUUUUUUGGCUCCUUGAAACUUACAUUGAAGGUCGAGGCUUCAACACAACUUGAGGGUAUAGAGUAUUAUAUCGUCUUGAUUGUGUUUUGAACCUACCCCAUUUGAUGACAGUUUCAAAGAACAUCAAUAUUGUUCUACUGAGAGUUUGUACAUAUGGGAUGUUUUUCUGUCUGCUUCAUCACAAGAUCAAACACAACUAUAGCCAUUGAUUCGAAAUUAUAAACACAAUGACACGUAGAGGAUUCAAUGACACGUAGAGGAUUUGCAGAAGCUUCAAAGAUGGAGAUCGUGUUAAUCUUAUCAUUAAGCUUAUUUCUUUCUUAGAAUCCUUUUUGUGUGUGUGUGUACAUAUUGGUCUUUAGGUUGUUGCAUAAAUCUUUCAAACUUGUUUAUCUUUAUCUUCAACAAAGCAGACGUUUUUUCCUUCAAUAAAAUUCAUCAUUGUCA